AUGGGUGAUAAAAACGUGUUCUUUGACGUCCUUGUGAUGCAUGUAGUGGGGGAGCUCCGUGGGCCCCUUGAGUUGGAGGUAGCAGAGGCUGUCUCUGUGUGCUGGGUGGAGGAGAAGGGCAGAACAAUACAGGCUCGGGGGAAGUUUGGGCUACGGACCAAGUCUGUGCGUGUCCAUGAGAAAAUAUUCCUGGAGGAGGCAGAGCGGAAGGUUUUGGAGAAGCUGGCUGCAUCGCAUGCGGAUUUGACAGCAGCAGCCUAUGGGGCGGUGCUGCUGUGCGUGCUCUGCCUGGCCCGCGGGAGCACUGUGGCAGAAAUCACAGCAGCCCUGGGCAUGAAGGGGCAGGACAUGUCACUCGCUGACAUCCUCAAUGUUGCCCAGCUGGUCUGGAGCAGCCCAGCUGCCGUACAUCCCAAAGCUGCCCUGGCAGCGCAGGGUGAGGAUGCAGAUGGUGGCGCCAAUGAGGUGCACAUGCUGUGCAUGACAGAGCCCCCGGUUGCCAGAGAGGAUGUGUUGGCGUUGUGGGCCUGGGUUCGUGCACAUCUGGCCCUCGGGCUGCUGGAGAGAUGGGCUGGGACAGACAAGACACAGGCUGCAGGUCACGCAGAUGCCAUGCUGGAGGGCAUGCAGAUUUUCUCACUGCCAGCGCACCUGAUCAACAUCAGCAAGCCGCAAGCCGUCAUAAGCAUUUUAUUGCGGUUUUUCAAUGUGGCCACCUUGAUUGGGGAGCCCUUUUUCAGGUCCAAGCUCCUGAGUAUGGCCAUGAUGUUCAUGGACGCCGUCCAGAACAGUGCUAGUGAUGUAUCUGGGCCUAUCCGCGAGGCCCUGCACACCGUCAUCCAUGAUGGAAUAGCUGCGGCCGAGGCCGCCAGCCACCCGCAGAGGGAGCACACCCCGCCAAAGAGGGGCUCAAUCGUGUCUCCGGGUCCCGAGGCGCUGGGCUUGGCAGCAAAGUGGCUAGUGCUGCUGUCCUGCGCCUCGGCCCGAGGGACGCUGCCAACACCAGUAUUGGUUCUCAUGAGCGAUUUGGUGCAAUUGCUGUACUAUCACGCCCCGCCCACCCCUGAGCCUCCCGUCGGCACCACGGACAGGGGCCGUGCUGGCUCCCCUGUCAUCCAGGAGUGCAUGGAGGCAAUCACGGAAGCCAUUGGGGUGGAGGGGGCACAGCAGCUGUGGGUGCCUCUGUUGAAGCAGCACAGUGCAAAUCCAGUCACGGCGCAGUGGCUGCCGCUGCUGGCUUGUUGGCUGAGCAGCGCGGCAGGGGCAGGGCCGGAGACAGAAGUGCACACAGGCGCCAGCCCUCCUGCUGCCAAGGGCAGUCAGCAUGAAAGGGCAGAGGAAGAAGCCGGGCUGUCGCUGGAUAGAAAUGCAGAGGAGGCGCUGCAGCUGCAGGAGGCAGCCAUGCGCGUCGGCUAUGGGGCAGCCGCGCUGCCGAUGUGGGAGGAAUUCCUCUCGCGAUACUUCCACUACCAGGCAUGGCUGCUAAAUGCUGAAAAACCUAAUUGUAUGAAGCUCAUUUUACAGCAAGGCAAGGAGCAGCUGGAGCCCAUCACGCCAUGUGCUGACAUCAGCGCCCACCUGGCAGAGCUGUCCCACCUGUAUGAGACCAGCUGCCCCCUGCUCUCCAACAUCUACAUGCUGCUGGCGCCCCUGUCCCCUGAAUCACUCCCAGGGGGCACCCCCAACUUCAUUGCUGGCAACACAGAGGCGCUGCGCGUCCUCAUGCAGCUGCAUCCCCUCAAAUUCGGGAAGCCACCGAAGCCACAGAUGUCUGAGGCGGCAGCGCCUCCUCCUGAGCCGGCCUCAUUGCAGAGCCUGCAAAAGGCGGACAAUAUUGCAGCUCAGCUGGCGUCGUCGGCUGACCUGCUGCGGUUGUGGUCUCACCGCCGUGAGAAGCGGCAGGCGGCAGCCACACCACCGCGCCCGGCACAGCGCUCCAGCGCUGCAGACAACAGCGACAGCGACUCAGAAGCGCCGACCCCUGCGCGGAGUGAUGAUCUGGAAGAGCUGCCCAUGCUCAAGGCACAAGCACGGCUAUGGGAGGGCCUAUCAAAUAUGGCAGAGCAUCUGGACAACCUGAACGCUAUCGUGCGCGAGCUGGUUGUCCGCCGCUACAAGCCAGGCGACAUUAAAAAAUUUGAAGCAGGGGAGUAUGGUGACGUGAAUGAGAUCCCAGCAGACGAGGACCCGGAGUUCCAGUCGCAGUACCAAAGAAACAGGGAGGCUGCGCUUGCGGCUGCGAUAGAGUUCUUGACAGGGGAGGGCUUGGCGGGUGCUGCAAGGCUGCUCUAUGAGGUGGAAGUCCUGCUGCUUGGGCCACCACUUCAGAAGGGUGCCAGUGCCGCAAUCGGCGGCAAGGGAAUCGCUGGGGAUGCUGCAGCCGAGGAUCAGGAGGUGUCCUGCAAGGCGCAGCUGCUGGCAGUUGUGGGCGAGACCAUCCUGGACGAGUCCAUGCCCGCAGCCGCCGUCCCAUUCCUCAUUGGUCUCUUCACGCAGAGCGCGCACCGCCUGCUGCUGACCAGGCCUGCCCUCAAGGUGGAGCUGGUUGGCCGCUUGAUGGCGGCGUUUGCCAGCCGCGGCCAGGGGGCGUCGAGGGAGGCGGAGGCGGUGGCGCUUCUGACGACCGGCAUGGGCUCGGAACAGCUGCUGGCGGAGGGGCGUCUGACGGAGUACCACGGCUGCCUCGCCUGUGUGCUGGAGGCCGUCCCCAAGCUGCCGCCGACCGCCGUCGGCCGCCUGCUCGACUGCUUCGAUCUCGGCGGCUUCUCUGCCGCGCUUCUGCACCGCGGCACCCCCGACACCGGCCACGAUCAGGUCCAGCUGGGCGGCCGGGAAUCAGGGACCGCUGGCCCCGAGAAGCCGUCGGCGGCAGCCGCGCGCAUAUUGAGCCUGGCCGUGGACGCGCUUGCGGCGGCCGGCGGCGAGGCGGCCGGGGUGGAGCUGCUGGGAGGCUUGCUGGCGGCGGGAGGGCACGCUGCAUACUUUGAUGCAUGCCUGGCUGUCGUGCUGGGCGCUCGCAAUGCUGCCGCCCGGGACGCUGGGCUGAUAUUCUUGACCCGUCAGCCAUUUGACACGCUCCCCAUCAACGUCGCUGUGGAAGCUAUGGUGCAGGUGACAGAUGAUCUGAAUCAGGCAGAGUCUGCACGGCAUGAGGUCCCCUACGCUCUGCUGCAGAAGCUCGUCCAGGCACCCUGCUCGCUGUCUGCCCUGCGCCAGGUCGUCGCAACUGGCACAGGGGAGUUGCUGGAAGCCGGCAGGGAUGCCCAGGGCGCAUCGUGGACAGCGACACUCAGCAGCAGCGACUCACAACAAGGUGACCCGGCCGGAGGAAGCAGCAGCAGUGGUGGCGGCAACAGGGGCCCUGCUCUGAUAACAUGCUCGCCCCAGGUGAUGCUGCUGGCUGUGCAGCCGCGCGGAGAUGCUGUGGGCCGCAUCGAGCUUCUCAUCGGCGCCUGCCUGCAGAGCAUCCUCAGACGGUUUGGGAGCGGCCUGGAUGGGAUAUCGAUGACAGAGGAGCUGACGCAGCUGCUGGCUCUGCUGCUGGAGCCGGUGGGGGGCGACCCCUGGCUGGUGGACUGGCUGUGGGCGCUCUACAAGGAGGCCCUGCAGCCCUUCCUGGUGCUGGCCGGGCCCGCCAGCGACGGCGCCGCCACGCGCCGCUUCCGCGAGUGCUGGGCCUGCCUCCCCUGGCAGCGCGCCACCUUCCACUGCAUCUCCCCAGGGGGAUUGGCGGAGCUCGGGGCAUAUUUAUUGGCGCCGGAUCGCGGCGCGCUGGACCUGCUGCACGCGCUGCCGUGGGAGCCCAUCCUGCAGCGGCUGGCGCCGGCGGCUGCGUCAGGCGCGAGGCCGCUGCCGGCGGACGGCCAGCAAUGGGCCACGCAGCUGACGCUGCUCGUCCUGCAAGCCCUCGUGCUGCUGCCUGCAGAGCACCUGCCGGGCUGGCUCCUUUGUCUGACCGCUCCCGCGCCGCGCGACGGCGGCCUGGCUGAGGAUAAAGCGGCGGGCCUGCGCCUGCCGCACGUGAUAGCGGCGGCCGAUGCGCAGGCGCUUCAGGACGUGCUGUGCAACUGCGUGGAAGGGCUGCCCUUCCUGCUGCAACCCCUCGUGGAUGCCCCCUCCCUCAUGCAGGGGGACCCAGGUCCGAGGCUGCUCCAGGUUGCUGGGCUGCUAACUGCAGCCGCAAGAAUGAGCAGUUCUGCUGCGGUGGCGGCUAUGGCGGCCUCGGUCAUCAAUGGAAUCAUGUUCACGUCGGUGUGCCGCGGCUUCAUCAGCGGCCAGGGCCACUCCCCUGAUGCCAGCCCUUCAGAGGCACAUGGCACAACAGAGGUGAUUGAGUGCUGGCACCUGACUGCCGAGGAGCAUUCUCUGCUAGUGACCGAAUGCCUGCUACCGGUCUGCCGCGUGCAUGCGCCGGCCACCAUGCAGGCAGCCAGCAUCCUGCGUAGGCAGGAUGCGCACCCGGCAAACCCAGCCGGCUCCGCUGAACGCGGAGAAGCAACGCCGAAAGCCUCGGUCCCCGGUUGGCGCGCCCCGCAGCUUUCGCAACUGGUCGACAGGCUGGGGCCACAAUCAGCUGCAGCCAGCAAUUCUCAACCUGCGAACAAUAGCGAAGGCCCCCAAGCGACCAAGAUGCUCCGCGGCAGCCGCCUCGCCGUGCUCGGGCCGGCGACACACGCCAGCUCCGGCGCUCAGCCGCCCGCCGGCGACGAGCCGGGAUGCAUUUCAGAGGAGCAGUACAUCGCGGCUGCGGUGCCGGCGCACGCGCUGCUGUCCUGCCUGAUGGCAUGCCCCAGGACAGUGCUCACAGCCGACCCGCUGCCCUUCGCCAACGCCGAGACGCCCCUGAGGGACCCCCCGGCGCACCGGGACGCGGACGACGGCACCGGCGCAGGAUCGGACGCCGCGUCGUCGACUGCCGGCAGCGAGGCCAAGCCGGACUUCCUGGACAAGGCCAUCUCCAUGGCGGGGCGGCUGAAGAUCCAGCGGAAGGGAAAGCGCGCCCCGACCCGGCAGCGCUUGCUGCAGGCGGAGGCGGCUGAUCUGCAAACAAUCCAGUCCCACAUCGCUGCACUCAUCGAGGAUUCAUGCCAGCGGCGAGCGGGUGAUCUGCCGCUGAGCAUCUUGCGCGUGGGCUUCACGUGCGCGCCCCUCAGGCGGCUGCCCCUGGGCAGCACUCUGCUGGAGGACCUGGUGCACUCCCUGCUGCUCAGCCAUCCUGCCGCCGCCAAUUUGCCAGCUGCGGCUUCUGCUAUGCCGUCCGCAACAAAUGGCGGCGCUGUUGCACGCGAGCGCAGCUACACCGAGCAGACUACCGUGGAGUCUGCAGAGCUUCCAGCUGCCGAUGUGGACGCUCACUUAGCGGAGGCUGGGGCGGCUCUGCUGCGCACACUGGAGGGGCUGGGAGACGGAGCAGUCAUCCAGAUAUGCGCAGAUGCGGCCAACGCCCACACGCCGCUGGUUCAGGCGCUAGCUUCUGAGAAUGCUCGCCGCGCGACAGUCCUCGAUGAGCGCGCCUCCUGGCGCCACAACGUCAGCCAGGUGCUGAGGGCCGCGGCGGCGGCGGAGGCGCGGCCGGGGGCGCCGCGGCUGAUAGCAGCGGUGUGGCUGGCAUCGCUGCUGUGGCUGGAGGACGCGCGCUGGCGCAAGCUGCGCACCGGAGGCGCGCCCACCGACGCACUCGAGAGCCUCCUUGAUGCGCUUUCCCGCCGCGUGCUGCUGCUGAAUCUGCCAUCCCCUGCGCAUGACACCGCCCCUGUCACGCCCUCCGGUGCCGGCAACGACGCGUUUGACCCGCAGCCCCACCCCUCGCAGGCCCCGGACGGCGGCAAGACGCUGACCCGCCUCACGCAGAACUUCAAGCGCAUGCUGCCGAGCGGCAAGGGCGGCGGGGAUGCUGGGCAAACGGCGCAGGAAGGCCCGGCCCCGCAGCGCAAGGGGCUUGGCCGGCUGAAGGCAAGGUUCUUGAGCAAGGAGUCGCCCACCGUGGACGUCCCACCGUCCUCCUUUGAUUACGAGGGCAGCAUGGGCUUCCCAGAGGUGCAGGGCCCCCGCUUUGGGAGGCUGGAUCCCAUCCCUUCUGGCGAUUCCGAGGCCGGCAGCAGCCGACCGCAAACGCCUUCACGUGCCUCUGAGUACGGCAGCCCGCCUGCCUCUCCAGAGGAGCAGCCGCACAGGAGAGGAUUUGGUGGCCUCUUUGUCAGAACGCCUUCUACCAGCCUCCCUGCAGAUAUAGCAGAGCUUCAGCCAGGGGAGGCCCCGGCGCGGCACCGCCCGGCCAGGGAGUAUGCCUCGCGGCUGGCUGGCGAUGUCAAGAAGGCUCUGACCGGCGGCAAGAAAGCCGAGGCAGCAGCCGCAGAAGCAGCCGCCAGGGAGGCGGAGGCGGAGACGGCUGCAGAAGUGGCAACGGAUGUGGUGAUACGGCUGGGGCUGGCAGCAUUUGCGGUGUCGGCCUACAUCAAGACCGUGCUGUGCCCCUCGUUGUCCUCCUACACGCCGCGCAUGUCCUCCGCCUCUCUGGCGGCGGACCUGGCGUCGUCCGGGGGCGCGUUUGCGGCGGCGGUGCUGGGCAGCGCACAGCUGCAGCGGCAGAGCGCGUCGCUGGGGUCGCUGGCCAGUGCGAGCGCGAUUGGCACGCCGCGGCUGGCCGCCAUGUCCACGCCCAGCGCCUCCCUUGACAAGCUCCAGCGCGAAGACCUGCUCAUGCACGAGCUCGACCAGGCGCGGGCCCAACUUCACUUGAAACUACACAAUAUGCAUGAGGCCUUGCUGUCCCUGCGGAUGGCAAUCGUGCUGGAGGCGCGCGCAGAGCUGGACUCGCUGGAGGAGAUUGCGCGCUGCCCGUUGGUGGCCGCGCGCGCGGACCAGUACCGCGGCUUCUUUGCGGCCGCCCCGCAGCUGCUGCAGCCGUCCGUCAGCGUGCGCCGAUUCCAGCGCGAGCUUGUGCAGCUGCUCUUCCCAGACGCGCCCUUCCUGGCCGUCUGGGCCUGCCUCCUGCCCGCCGCCGCCGAGGCUCCCAAGAAAGGCGGCGCUGCUGUUUGA